GCCAAUCAUGCCAUGCUAUUGAGCUUCAGUAACACCCCUCCAACACCUAUGGCUCCCUUAUUGGAAAUGGAAACUUCACGUGGGCUGUUCUACAUGAUUUGUGAGGGAGAGUUUGAUCUGGGAUCAGCCUGCGUUCAGAGAACGCUCGUAGAUAUCUUCAACCUAUUACUGGUAUUUGUAUUCUUUCUUGUCUUGAUUGUCGGUCUCACAAGGAAGAUCAAUAUCAGGCUGCGAAGGGGGGAUUGGAUCGCUACGGCAGUUUCAGUCUGCUGUGCUCUUAUAAGCAUUGCUUACCUCUCUACUUGUUUGUUACACUUGAGCGGAAACAAGGGUGGAUUUAAUCAUUUGAGCUGGUUAGCCUACUUAUUCAGAGGACUAAUUUGGAUUACCUUGUGCCUGUCCUUGCUUGUACAAGGAUCAAGAUGGAUCAAAAUUUUUAUUUCUACAUGGUGGGUGGUUUUCUUUCUGUUGAUAUCAGCUCUAAACACUGAGGUACUCGUGAAAACGCACAACGUUCAAAUCCUUGAAGUUGCAGCUUGGUUUGUAAGUCUCUUGCUGCUUUUUUGUGCCUUUAGGACCUUCCAUCAUACCAUUUCUCAUUCAAAUUUGGAAGAGGGUAACUUCUCGGAAACUCUUUUGGUGAAGGAAGUUCACGACGAGAAUUGUAUUAGUCUGGGCCAGGCUAGUUUCUUUAGUAAACUGUCAUUUUCUUGGAUCAACCCUUUAUUGCGCAUAGGAAAUUCCAAAACUUUAGCUCUUGAAGACAUUCCCUGUCUAGGACUUGAAGAUGAAGCAAAUUUGGCAUACGAGAAAUUUGCUCAGGCAUGGAGCUCGCUUCAAAAGGGGAAGGGCUCCAACAAUGCACAGAAUUUUGCUCUUUGGGCAAUAGCAAAAGUUCAUUGGAAAGAAAUGUUACUUACAGCAACUUAUGCAUUGCUUCGGGUGGUUUCAGUUGUACUUUCUCCAUUAUUGCUCUUUGCUUUUGUCAAAUAUCACAAACUUGAAACCAGAAAUAUCGAUGAAGGUCUUGCCUUAGUUGGGAUGUUAAUUCUUGUGAAAGUUGUGGAGUCCUUGUCCUAUCGGCAUUUCUUUUUCUAUGCAAGGAGGAUUGGUAUGAGGAUGAGGUCGGCUCUGAUGGUGGCAGCUUAUGAAAAGCAACUCAAGCUUUCUAGUUUGGGCAGGCGAAGGCACUCAACUGGAGAAGUUGUAAACUAUAUAGCAGUUGAUGCUUAUAGGAUGGGAGAAUUUCCAAUGUGGCUUCACAUAGGAUGGACUUCUGGGCUUCAACUCUUUUUGGCUAUCGCUGUCCUUUUCGCAGUUGUGGGUCUUGGUGUCCUUCCUGGUUUAGUCCCCCUGCUGAUCUGUGGCCUUCUUAAUGUACCCUUUGCAAAAAUACUUCAGAAAUGUCAAUCCGAAUUUAUGAAUGCUCAAGACAAGCGACUCAGGGCCAUGUCUGAGAUCCUAAAUAGUAUGAAGAUACUUAAGUUACAGUCAUGGGAAGAGAAAUUCAAGAACUUAAUAGAGUCAUAUAGAGGGAUUGAAUUCAAAUGGCUGGCAGAAUCUCAAUACAAGAAGACAUAUAACACUGUUUUAUAUUGGAUGUGUCCAACAAUUGUUUCCUCGGUCAUUUUCUUUGGGUGUAUCCUGUUCAAAAGUGCCCCAUUAGAUGCAAGCACUAUUUUUACAGUUUUGGCUGCGCUAAGGAGCAUGUCAGAACCAGUUAGGUUCAUACCUGAGGCUCUUUCCGUUUUAAUACAGGUCAAAGUUUCAUUUGAUAGGAUCAAUACUUUUCUCCAGGAAGAUGAAAUCAAGCGUGAAGAUAACAUCAAAUAUCCCCCGGGUGAAUCAGAUCUUGUCAUUCUUAUUCAAGAUGGAAAUUUCAGUUGGGAUCCUGAUUCAACAGCUUUGACAAUUAAAAAUAUAAAUCUGAAAGUAAGAAGGGGGAACAAAGUUGCAAUUUGCGGACCUGUUGGAGCAGGGAAAUCAUCUGUUUUAUAUGCAAUACUUGGGGAAAUACCAAAGAUGUCAGGAAAUGUUAAUACAUAUGGAUCCAUUGCUUAUGUUUCUCAAGCUUCAUGGAUUCAGAGUGGAACAGUCCGAGAUAAUAUACUCUUUGGAAAGCCAAUGAACAAAAUAAAAUAUGACGAGGCUAUACGAGUUUCUGCUUUGGACAAAGACAUUGACAGUUUUGACUACGGUGAUCUUACAGAGAUUGGUCAGCGUGGUAUUAACAUGAGUGGUGGACAGAAGCAGAGAAUUCAACUUGCUCGAGCAGUCUACGAUGAUGCUGAGAUAUAUCUUCUUGAUGACCCUUUUAGUGCGGUAGAUGCACAUACAGCAGCAACUCUUUUUAAUGACUGCGUCAUGUCUGCAUUAGCAAAUAAGACUGUCAUUCUCGUGACUCACCAAAUUGAGUUCCUUUCAGAGGUUGAUCAUAUUCUGGUUAUGGAAGGAGGACAAGUAACUCAAUCAGGAAGUUAUGACGAAUUACUGACAGCAGGGACAGCGUUUGAGCAGCUUGUGGUUGCACAUAAAACAUCAUUGACAUUAUCUGAUCCUUUGACCGGUAAAAAUGAAGUCGAACAUCAAAGAGGAAAAGGGAACGCCCUGGAAGGGACAAAACAGCCUUACUUCGGCAAAGAAGCCAGCGAGGGAGAGAUUUCCAUGAUGCCUGGAGUACAGUUGACAGAAGAAGAAGAGAAGGAAAUCGGAGAUAUUGGAUUUAAACCAUUCUUGGAUUAUGUUUUGGUUUCAAAUGGAUUAUUUCAUGUGAUAAGCGGUCUAUUUUCGCAGACGGGCUUUGUUGUUCUUCAAGCAGCAGCGAGUUAUUGGCUAGCAUUUGCAAUUCAAUCUCCAAAAUUCAGCAGUGUCAUUAUAGUUUGUGUGUACACAAUAAUUUCAACAGUUAGUGCCUUAUUUGUCUACCUGAGAUCUCUGUUUGCAGCUCUUCUCGGAUUAAGAGCUUCUGAAGCCUUCUUCUCUGGUUUCACCAACUCAAUAUUCAGUGCUCCCAUGCUCUUUUUUGACUCUACUCCAGUUGGGAGGAUUUUGACACGAGCCUCCUCAGAUUUUAGUGUGCUAGAUUUUGACAUCCCUUUUGCCUAUGCAUUUGUAAUGGCUGCUGGAAUUGAACUAGUUGCAGCAAUUGGUAUUAUGGCCUCUGUGACAUGGCAGGUUCUUAUUGUCGGAAUCUUUGCAAUAGCAGCCUCCAGAUAUGUUCAGGGAUAUUAUCAAGCCUCCGCACGGGAACUUAUGAGAAUAAAUGGAACCACAAAGGCCCCCAUAAUGAACUAUGCUUCUGAGACAGCCCUUGGGGCUCCAAUAAUUAGAGCAUUUAACAUUACUGAAAGGUUUUUCCAGAACUAUCUCAAGCUUGUUGACACAGAUGCAAAAGUCUUUCUUUUCUCCAAUGCAGCAAUGGAGUGGUUGGUCUUAAGAACAGAAACACUUCAAAAUCUCACCCUAUUUGCUGCUGCUUUUCUCUUAGUGUUGCUUCCAAAGGGAUAUGUAGCUCCAGGGCUUGUGGGACUAUCUCUUUCUUAUGCUUUCGCACUUACUGGCACACAAGUGUUCUUAUCUCGAUGGUACGGUAGCUUAGCUAAUUAUAUCAUUUCAGUAGAGAGGAUCAAACAGUUCAUGCAUAUUCCACCAGAACCUCCGGCGGUCGUGGAAGACAAAAGGCCCCCACCUUCAUGGCCUUCCAGGGGUAGAAUAGAAUUGCUGGAUUUGAAGAUAAGAUACCGUCCAAAUGCUCCAAUUGUGCUCAAAGGGAUAACCUGCACUUUCAGAGAAGGGACCAGAGUAGGAGUUGUUGGAAGGACAGGAAGUGGAAAAACUACACUCAUUAGUGCUCUGUUUCGCCUUGUAGACCCAUACAGUGGGCAAAUUGUUGUAGAUGGGAUCAACAUUUGCUCUAUAGGUCUUAAGGACUUGCGUUUGAAGCUCAGCAUUAUCCCUCAAGAACCAACUCUUUUUAGGGGCAGCAUUCGAACCAAUUUGGAUCCCUUAGGCAUCUAUUCUGAGGACGAGAUAUGGAAGGCUCUGGAGAAGUGCCAGUUGAAGGACACCGUCAGCAAACUUCCAAACUUGUUAGAUUCUUCUGUCAGUGAUGAAGGUGAAAAUUGGAGUAUGGGGCAACGGCAGCUCUUCUGUCUCGGGAGGGUUCUUCUAAGAAAGAAUAGAAUUCUAGUCCUCGAUGAAGCUACUGCCUCGAUCGACUCAGCUACUGAUUCAAUCCUGCAGAAAGUGAUCAGAGAAGAAUUCUCCAAUUGCACUGUGAUAACCGUGGCACACAGAGUUCCAACAGUCAUAGAUAGCGACAUGGUCAUGGUUCUUUCUUUUGGGAAGCUUGUGGAGUAUGAUGAGCCCUCAAAGCUGAUGGAAACGAAUUCAUCCUUCUCUAGGCUUGUAGCUGAAUAUUGGGCCAGCUGCAGAAAGAACUCUACUCAGAAAUUGGAAAAUUGAGGUGACUAAAACUUGCGUGCUUCUAAAGAAAGAAACCAAAAACCUUGUGCAAAACUGUUUUACUUGCACAUGAUAAAGUUUUUAUCAAUAGGACUAGGCAGGAACAUCAAGAAGAAGAUGAAUCAUGAAGAUUGGCUUCUUUGAGAAACUCCACAGGCUGCUGCAUUUUAUGGGAAAUUUCCAUUCUGACAUUUCAACCAUCUCAAGACAAGAUAUUUCUGGAAAUUUUAAGAGUAUCCUGCUGCCAUAUGUGAAUCCUUUCAUUUAGGAUAUCUGAGUUUACUGAAUGUCCUUUCUUUC